AAGGGCCCCAUCGCCAUCAUGUGUGACGUGGAGAGGAUGUUCCACCAAUUCCAUGUCAUCAAGGAGCAUCAAGACUAUUUGAGAUUUCUUUGGUGGGACAAAGGCGAUUUAAACGCAGAGCCUUCAGUGUACAGGAUGAGAGUGCAUCUUUUUGGAGCAGCUUCAUCUCCUGGAUGCUGCAAUUUCGGACUCAAACAUAUUGCUUCUCAAGGUAGAGACAAAUUCAGCAAAGAGACUAUUGAGUUCAUCCAAAGAGGUUUUUACGUUGAUGACGGACUCGCUAGUGUGACAUCAACAGUCGAAGCCAUACAGUUGGUAAAAGAGUCAAGGGCACUUUGUAAAACAGGCAACUUACAUCUGCAUAAGUUUGUGUCAAACGAUAAAGAAGUGCUUGCAGCUAUUCCCCAAGAGGAACAAGCUAAAGCCAAAGACCAGGACAUGGCUCUUGGAGAACUCCACAUUGAACGUGCACUUGGAGUACAAUGGUGCAUAGAGGCAGAUGAAUUCCAAUUCAGAGUCCAAGUUAAAGACAACCCAUUGACAAGGAGAGGGGUGCUCUCGAUUGUUGCUUCAGUCUUUGACCCCCUUGGGUUCGUUGCCCCAUUCAUAUUAAUUGGAAAGCAAAUACUCCAAACGUUGUGCAAGGACAAAGUUAAUUGGGACGAGGAUCUCCCAGAUCACAUUCUACCACAAUGGGAAGCAUGGUUGAGAGACCUGCCCAAGUUGGCAGCUCUGAAGAUCCCACGAAGCUACUCACAAGUUGCUGACAUUGUGCAGUACGAAUUGCACAGUUUCUCAGAUGCGAGCCUCAGUGGUUAUGGUGCAUGUUCAUACCUCAGAGCAAAGGGUAGAGAAGGACAGGUCAGUUGUGCACUCGUCAUGGGCAAGGCAAGAGUUACGCCCACUAAGCAAACAACCAUCCCAAGGCUUGAACUGUCAUCGGCCGUGACUUCAGUUCGCAUCGCAGAUGUGAUCAAACGAGAACUAGACAUCCAAAAUCUACAGGAAUAUUAUUGGACAGAUUCACAAGUUGUAUUAGCAUACAUAAAUAAUGAUGCUAAAAGAUUUCACAGAUCUGUCGCCAAUCGAAUUCAACGAAUAAGACAAAACACAAGUCCUGGGAAAUGGCAGCAUGUCAGCUCAGAGGAAAAUCCAGCUGAUCAGGCCUCAAGAGGUUUAAAUGCUACUCAGCUGAAGGAUUCAAACUGGUUGAAAGGUCUCGAUUUUCUUUGGAAACAAGAUCUUCCGGUCAAAGAGGAAAUGGUGGGAGAGGUUGAAGAAGUGGAUCCUGAAGUCCGUAAAGGCUAUACGCACACUGUACAUUCAAAGGAAGCAAACCCAGUGCUAGAGCUUUUAAAGAAGUUUUCCAGUUGGUCGAGAGCUAUCAAGGCCAUUGCCAGGCUCAGACGAUUCAUCAAAGAGUACAAAGGUGUUCAACAAAGAACGAACAAAGUGACAGAUCUUGAAGAAAGAAAAGACACAGAAUUAUUCAUCAUCAAGCUAGUGCAAAGAGACGUCUUUACUGAGGAAAUACAGAAGAUCAGAUCUCAAGGAGAAAAUUCUCUGCACAAGCGCAGCAGACUAAAGCAGUUAAAUGCCUUUUUGGACAAGUCGGAUGUUCUCAGGGUGGGAGAAAGAUUAUCUCAAUCAGCUUUACAUUAUGAUGUAAAACACCCUGCAAUUCUCCCCAAGGAGUCCCAUGUGUCAGCCCUACUCGUCAAACACUACCAUGAACGUGUACAUCACCAAGGAAGAGGGAUGACAAUAAAUGAAUUGCGGGCAAAUGGCAUAUGGAUUUUAGGAUGUGGGAGUGUUGUUUCUUCACACAUUUACCAUUGUGUUAAAUGCAGAAGAUACAGAAAGGCUACAAAUGUCCAACAGAUGUCAGAUUUGCCAGAAGUAAGAACAGAAACGGCACUUCCUUUCACGUAUUGUGGUGUUGACUGUUUCGGUCCAUUCAUGGUAAAGGAAGGACGAAGGGAAGUCAAAAGGUAUGGACUAUUGUUCACGUGUUUAUGUUCACGAGCUGUGCACAUUGAAACACUAGAUGACUUAUCGACAGAUGCCUUCAUGAACGCUCUUCGAGUUCUGAUAGCCAUAAGAGGUCCUGUCCGGCAAUUAAGAUGCGACCAAGGGACAAACUUUAUGGGCGCCAAAAGAGAACUUUUGGAGCUAAUGAAGGAUAUGGAUCAAGAACCACAAAGAGCUAUGGGUUGUGAAUUUGUGGUGAACGUUCCGGCAGCUAGCCACAUGGGGGGCGUCUGGGAACGUCAAAUUCGAACAGUACGAAGUGUACUGACAGCAAUGCUGGACAAGUUGUCAAACAGACUCGAUACAACUAGUCUAAGGACACUGCUUUAUGAGACAAUGGCCAUCAUUAACAGCAGACCUUUAAGUGUUGAGUAUCUCAAUGAUCCCUUGGGACCAGAGCCAUUAACUCCCAAUCACAUAUUAACGAUGAAGUCUUCGGUUAUUCUUCCACCUCCAGGAGAGUUUUGCAGAGAGGAUUUGUACUUGAACAAAAGAUGGAAAAGAGUACAAUUUCUAGCAAAUGAGUUUUGGCAAAGGUGGAGGCGAGAGUAUCUGUUAAAUCUCCAGCAGCGACAGAAGUGGCAGAACGUCUCACGAAACCUGCGAGUAAAUGACAUCGUGAUACUGAAGGAUGAUAAUGCUCCGAGAUGUAAAUGGAAAUUUGCUCUAAUAGUAGAGGCUAGAGAGAGCCCAGAUGGCAAGGUUCGAAAGGUGAAGCUCAAGACCGUGAAACUACCUUUGACAGGGGGAAACCACUGACAAGACUGAUAUAUCUGGAAAGACCUAUUCACAAGGUAGUGACUUUACUGGAGACUGACAUGCAAAGUGAACCAGACUCUAAUGUUGACACUCAUUAGAAAAUCACAUUGCAAACAAUGGGUGAUUUUGGUGGGAGUGUAAGUGUCACAGAAGUGGCUUAUGUAUAAGAACUUCAUAGAUGGUUCCAGCAGUUAAAAUGUUCUUGCUUGUAUAUUUCUGUGGAAUAUUGUAAAGGUGCGUUUAUCUUGUAUAGGAGACAUGUUUAUCUUGUCACAAAGAACAUGUUUUAUUACACCGCUAUUAUCGCGAGGUUUGGGGCGUGAUAAUAUAGACUGUGAGCCCACGUUUAAUAACCACGCUAAGGAGUUCAGCGAGCUAUCUGCAAAGGCCUGGUUAGUCUACCAGCUGUACAAGGUAUUUGUCCUUUGCCAUAACUGUAUUAUAAUAUUGUGAAAAUUUGUAAUGUAUGCUGUUCUAAUUAUUUUAUGGUUUAAUUUAGAAUGCGCAAGACUGUAAAGGUAUUCUUCUAGAACCUCCGAAGUGGCAGGCGGCCACGAGUUUUCACGGCGUUCAAUAAAUGCAGCGAAGCGCCCGUCUUGAAGAAGCUGUGCCUGUGUUGUCAUUUCGGAGUUACAAGCAGUGUUGUGUUUAUUUCUGCUCUGCCCUGUGCAUUGCACACACAAUCCUUCGUCUGCCCUUUAGCUUCCGUGAUGCUGUCCAAUCGCCACUGUCCACAUUUGCAGCUGGUACCUCAACCUCCACUUGUCCAACACAACUGCUGUCCACAGCCU